AAGCUACAAUUUGCUCUUUCAUCACCAGAAUACCGUUACUUCCAAAGGUAUUCGGCCAGCAGAAAUAGUUAUUUUGCAGCAAUUUUCUAAAAAUAUACAGAAUGUGGGGAAAGUUAGCUGUAACCUUGCUCUUUGUUUCUGGAAUAGCAGCAAAAACCUGUGAUCUGCGUUACUACCAACACUAUGAGCACAAAGGUUGCACACCUGUUGCGGGGGAAGAUGGCUGCCCAGUACGUUACCAGUGCCCAACGGAUCUUGAAGAUGUGCGAUUAAAAUGCCUUCACAACAACGAAUGGUACAGAAUUGAUGAAGGCAUUCGCCAACACUGCGAAAGCUGUACUUGCAAAGGCGACAGUGUCGAAGGAGCUUACAUCGACUGUGCAGCUGUGGACUGCCCGGACUGGCAAACAAAGAACAAGUCCUGCUACAUGGGAUACGAUCCCGAUGCAUGCUGCCCUAGGGAAAUGUGUCACCAGACUAAAGAAAAGGCUUGCAACUACAACGGAAGAGACUACAAAAUCGGUCAAAUCAUUCGUACAGAAGACCCAUGCGAAGACUGCAUUUGCACUGAAAAGGGUCCACACUGCAAGAAAGUAAACUGCCUGACAGGAAUCUACGCUCCCCGGAUUCGAGAAGGAUGCCUGCCUAUUUAUGGGGAAAAGAGCUGCUGCCUAUCACAGUUGCAUUGCGGAGAGAUUGAAGGUGCUAAGCCAGUUUCUUCUCAACCAGAAAAUGCCGAAAACCUUUGUCAAUACAGAGGCGUCUACUAUGAAAAGGGCUCUAUAGCUACUCUCCCUUCAAAAUCUGGUGUUGAAUGCAAUUGUGUUGUUCCUCCUGACUUCACCUGCAUAAGAAAAAGGCGAAAUUAAUUCCUUUAAAAUCUUCUAGAAUCGUUUAUUACAAUCACCAACAACUAAUAAAGAUAUUUUCAUCCCAACAUUCAUAGUUGCGCUAGAAACCUUCUAGAAAUCACUGCCAUAAGAAUGUCAGAACUUUGUUUUAAGAAAUUGCUUCAUUUGAUGGCUAUGAGUCAUUUG